AUGAUGUCCUGCGCGAGGGUUUCCAGCGCUUCGGCGAAAUUCAGGAAGCAGUUCGUGUAUCCCUCGAAUGUGAUUUUCCUUCGCGAUUCUGACUUUGCUGGUGUGCUACAGAUCGUUGUGAAGGACCGCGCGACUCUGCGCAGCCGUGGAUUCGGCUUUGUGCGCUUUGCCUCCGAGGCAGAUGCCGAAACUGCCAUGAGCAGUAUGGACAACCAGGAGUUCGAUGGCCGCGUCAUUCGCGUCGACAAGGCCUUUGAUCGUCCCAAGGGCGGCGACUCGGGCUUCUACGGCCGCGGUGGAUACAACCAGCAGCCUGGUGCUGGAUACCAGGGCGGUGGCCAGGGCGGCUACGGCGGGGGAUACAACCGUGGCUACAACAACCAAAACGCUGGUCCUGGCUAUGGCGGCUAUGGUGGCGGUUACGGAGGUGGUUACAAUGGUGGCUAUGGCGGUGGCUACGGUAUGUAUUCUUCUCUCGAAGAGCAGCUUUAUCCAUGA